CGGUGCUCGAGGUACGUGCAGUCAUGUAGGCAUUAUAUUGAUAAAGUUUUGCUUGUUCUUGCUAGUUACAAAAGAAGAGAAAGUAAAGGAGAUUUGAUAAAGUUUAGCUCUUUUCUGCUAGUUGCAUGGUAAUAUUGUUAUAUUGAUAAAGUUUGGCUUGUUCCUGCUAGUAAUAAAAGAAGAGAAAGUAUAGGAGAUUUGAUAAAGUUUAGCUUGUUUCUGCUAGUUGCAUGGUAAUAUCGAUAUAUCAUAGUAAUAUCUGUAGCAUCUUUGUAACUGCAAUUUGGCUGAAGCUGUUCCUCAUUGUCAUUUGUGAAAUCCUUCAAAGUUACAGAGCGGAGUGUGGUAUCUUCAUGGUUUUUAUUUAUUUAUUUCUUAUACUAGGUCAUUGGUAAUUUUUUUUUUUUAUAAUUUUUAUUUUAGGUUAAUGGCCAUUGAUAAAACUUGGAUGGAAAUUUCUGAUAGAUCAUUGUCACAUUAUGAAAAAGGAGUUAAGGACUUUUUUGAAUUUGCGUUUAAAAAUCUUGAUAAAGGGAGAGAUGUCCGUUGUCCAUGUAAAAAAUGCAGAAACAUUAUUUUUAGGAAACACCAAAUAAUUUAUGAACAUUUAAUAUUAAAUGGGAUAAACAAAGAUUACAAGCAGUGGUACCAUCAUGGAGAAGAUUUUGAACACUAUGAAGAUGAUGAUGAUGAUGAUGAUGAGAGAGAUACAAGUGAUACUAAUGAUGGAAUGCGAGAUAUGUUAGAUGAUCUUGGACGUGGCAACACAGAGUUUUUUGGCCAAUUUAAUGAUCAAAAUGAAGGAGUUGAUGCUCCUAGAGGUAAUCCUACUAGUCCAAAUAAAGAAGCUGCUAAAUUUUAUAGAUUACUGUUAGAAUUGGAGCAAGAGCUAUAUCCUGGCUGUGAGGAAUCUUCCACGUUGUCAUUCAUUGUUGAGCUAUUGAAUUGGAAAUGUCUAUAUGGGAUUAGUGCAAAUGUUGUUGAUGGAGUGCUUCAAAUAAUGAAAAAAAAUGGUUUUUGCAUGGAUCAAUUGCAAAUGCUGUUGAUUAGAGCGAUAUUUGCGUACACUGAAAUCAUAUGUGAGAAACAAAGCACGACCAGAAGGAUCAAUUGCUGAGGCUUAUAUUGUACAAGAAUGCAUGCAUUUUUGUUCUAGAUAUUUGCAUGGAUCUAAAACUACAUUGAAUCGUGUUGGGAGAAAUUAUGAGGGAAGUGAUGCAUCCUCUCACUCUGGGUUACAAGUUUUUUCACAAGCUAGUAUGCCUUUGCUUGGAACAAAAUAUAUUGAGUUGACUUUAACUGAAUGGGCCGAAGCAACAAUGUAUGUACUAGAAAACUGUGAAGAAGUUACAGAGUUUGCCAAGUCAAUGAAUUACAUAACGAAGGAAGUGAAAUAGCCACUAAUCAAUUGCUGCAUUUAGCUUAUGGGCCAGACAGGCGUAUUUAUCGAUACAAAAGUAUACUUAUCAACGGCUGGAGGUUUAAUACAAAAGACAGGGAUUUGCAACUAAAAUCAAAAAAUAGUGGAAUUCUUGUAAAAGGUGAUGCAGAUACAUGUAACUUGGAUUAUUUUGGUGUAUUAACAGAUAUUAUACAGUUAAAUUACCAGGGAGGAAAUAAUGUUAUUUUAUUUAAGGCCGAUUGGUGGGAUGUUUAUCAUAAAA